UGAUGAGACGCAAUGAUGAGUAAAGGGUGUAGCACACAUGCUUUCUUUUCACACAUAACCCCUGCUUUGUUUCAUCUGAUUUAUCCAAUUGCUCCGUUUGUUAAUUCUUUGUUAGGUACUCGGUGUGAUAAUAAGCUACGUAGGUGUGAUCAAUUAAAUGACCAUAGAGCUACAAUACAGAGGCGUGCGCGGGCACGACGCGCGCUCGCGUGCCGACAAAAUUAUACUCCAACCUCAGACAAUACAUUCAAACGACCAGAGGGUUUGCACCCAAGGAGCCAGCUGACACGGAUUUAAAAUAUAUAACUAAUCCAUCAAAUGUCGCUUAACAGCUAGUAGCUAAUAAACUCUAUAACCCAAAAAUAUCUUUUGGUCGACUGAUGAAAAAUCACGAUGAAAUUCCCAGUUGAGAAUCCAAGGAAACAAGUCAACUGGAACCCUGAGCAAGUGGUGGUUCAGACAAAUAUGGCCAAUUCAAAGAAGCCAAAGCCAGGUGUGGUACAGUCCUCCUUGGUCCAGGCCAGUGUAGCUGCUAUACAGAAUCCCAUGGGCUAUGAGGCAAAGGCAAAUGAACACUGCCCCCUGCCACGUCUCUCCAUCUCCUCACGCUCAGCAAGCAUAGUGGCCAGCAUGGACGCCAUAGUUGAUGGCUCAGCCCUUCACUCUGUGAUGAAGUGGAAGACUGUGCUGGCUGUGUUCGUGGUGGUAGUGUUCUAUCUAGUGGGGGGUGGAUUAGUGUUUCAAGCACUAGAGCAGCCCUUUGAGAGUGACCAGAAAAACACCAUCACGCAGGAGAAAGCUCUGUUCCUCCAGGGGAACCCGUGUGUAUCCCCUGCUGAGCUGGAAGCUUUAAUCAAGCAUUCAAUAGAUGCGGUCAGUGCUGGGGUUAGUCCUAUGGGAGAUACGUCCUAUAACUCUAGCCACUGGGACCUCGGCAGUGCAUUUUUCUUCGCUGGAACCGUCAUCACCACCAUAGGCUACGGGAACAUUGCUCCCAGCACUGAGGGUGGCAAGAUUUUUUGCAUCCUGUAUGCCAUAUUUGGAAUUCCUCUGUUUGGGUUCCUACUGGCUGGCAUUGGUGAUCAACUGGGGACCAUGUUUGUUAAGAGCAUUUUAAAAGUGGAGAGAAUUUUUCGGAGACAUAGGCAGAUUAGCCAGACUAAAAUUCGUGUUACCUCCACUAUUCUCUUUAUCCUGGCUGGGUGCAUUGUCUUCGUCACUAUUCCAGCUGUCAUCUUCAAACACAUUGAAGGAUGGACUACACUGGAGGCCAUCUACUUUGUUGUCAUUACUCUCACAACUGUUGGUAUUGGGGACUAUGUAGCAGGUGGGGACAGAAUGAUUGAAUACAAGAAGUGGUAUAAGCCACUAGUUUGGUUCUGGAUCUUAGUGGGUUUGGCGUAUUUUGCAGCAGUUCUCAGCAUGAUAGGAGACUGGUUAAGAGUCCUUUCCAAGAAAACUAAGGAGGAGGUUGGGGAGUUUAAGGCCCAUGCGGCUGAAUGGAAGGCGAACGUGCGUGCUGAGCUGCGGGAAACCCGGAGACGCCUCAGUGUAGAGCUCCAUGACAAGCUGCAACGUGCUGCCACAAUUCGCAGCAUGGAACGUCGACGCCUGGGUCUGGAGCAGCGUGCACAAUCUCUUGACAUUCUCUCUCCAGAGAAAAGAGCCAUCUUCUCCAGCUUUGACAGAGGUCGCUUUACCACAUCCUCACAGGAGAGCAUUGACACAAAGCUAAGCAAUCUUCAAAUGAAGGCAGAGCCCUAUAACAAGGACAUGGCCUCAGAGGAAAACAUCUUCAACCGCUUUGGCUCUCUCAGCAAGCUGGCCAAGCGCAACAGAAACAAAGACCUGCCACCAAAUAUCACAGAGGAUGCAAUGCGACUCAGCAGCAACAGCAGUAAUAACACGCUGGCUGAGGAAAGACAGGAGGCUCAUGAAGCAGAGGAGCAGGAGGAGGAGGCGACAGAGAAAGAGAACAACACCACGCUCACCAGUCUGCCACAAUGCACUGAGCAGCCUGAGCAGCUAAAUGGUUUUGUGCCUGCUCAGGCCAAUGAGAGAGAGGCAGAGAAAAUGGUGGUAUAGAGAGCACACCAACCAUAGACAAGUCAAUGAAAAUGUGCAGCAAGUGAUUCAUGAAUGCCACAGAAUGUGCCUUUCUGUUUUGUAUGAUAUGGCUUUACUCAUUCAGAUGAAUCAUAGUCAAUGUCUCUAAUUCUCAAUCAUUUUGGUUGCCAAAAAUGUGAGCUAUCAGGGGUCAUACAUUUGUCAUUAAAAUCGAUGAAGCAUGCUGUAGGUUUACAUUUUCUGAAUUAUUCAUUGCUAUUUACAGUGCCUGAGACUGUGAUAUAGCAAGAUUUAUCUUCGUUUCAAAGAGGAGCUAUGACAAUGGCUUUUCAGGAGACAUAUCCUUGAAGAGAAACUGCUGUCCUUUGUGUUCAGUCAUAUCUAAGCUGUAAGUUUACAAGAGAGCCAUUCACAGACUUUAAUACAUUUUUGGCUUUUCAGAAAAAAACAUUCUUGUUGAUUAUUUGCCAAAAUUCCAUUAAUAAACAAGAAUACAGAUAAAGAUAUAGAAUUGCUAUUUGGAAAUAAAUGAUUAAUGACUGUCAGAAUGUUCAACACAAUGUAUUUACAUGGAAAUGCAAAUCAAUGUAACAUGAAAUAUCUACACAUCUGUUUUACUCAAGGAUCUGUUUGAAUAAAAAAAGUGGUUUGUCCAGGGAUUAUGCAGAACAUAUAUCAUGGGCUAUUACAGAAUUUCACUUGUGCACAUCAAUAAAACAUUUCUUGUUGUUUUAAUCAAAUUGCGAUUGCGUUGGUACAUUCAACAAAUUGAUUGUUAUUAUUAAUUGUUUGUCAUGAUCAAAAUAUAUAAUACUGGUUUCACCUGAAUGGUCUCAACCCCCAAAACAUUAAGUAAUCAGUUCAUGGCAUAAGUCAAUAAAUGCAAAAUGGUUAAACCAGUUGUCAUCUAAAAUUUCUAUUAAACAUUUUUUUUGUAAA